CAUCACACUCUCGGAGUUUGUUUUUUCUUCAGACAAAAGCAAUUGGCACCGAACUGGAACCACCAUUAAUCACGAAGACGACUGCCAUUAGAUCGAACCGAGCCAAAUCGAGAGAUAGUGUCUCCAAUGGUGAUUGGGCCUUGUGGGUGGUUGUGAUUCGUGUGGAGAGUCAGUGGGGAACAAGGACCGAGUGGACCAGAUGGACAAGAACAAGAACCGUACCGAUCUGCUCGCCGCAGGCCGCAAAAAGCUUCAACAAUUUCGUCAGAAAAAGGACAGUAAGGGCAGUGUCACCCAUGGAAAAUCCUCAAAAAAAUUUGGUAAAUCUGAGCAGCAUGAAGCUGAUGCUGAUGCUGAUGCAUCUUCCACUACUCCUAUACCAACAGCAUCAUCUCAGGUUACUGAAAGGAAAAUUGCACCUCAUGAUGCUCCAGAUCUGGCAGUUGUUGAUUCAUCAGUACCACAAUCAAUGGGGGUUGGUGAGCCUAAUACGUCCUUGAUGCAUUUGAGGGAAGAUCAGGUAACAGAUGUAGGGGCAAUGCAGGAAGCUGAUGGUUUGGAUUUGAGGCAAAUUGAUCGAAGCAAUGGAACAAAGCUUGAAGGAGACGGGCACCUUCCUAUGUCUGAGCAUGGUGAAAGUUCUGAAACUCUUUCAAGGAUGGCUUCAGUAGAGACUUGUGUGGAGGAGGCAUCCUGUGAAGCGGAGCAAACUGGUAAGUCAGGAGAAGUGUCUGCAUCUGGCGGUGCAACCUUGUCAGAUGGAUUUUCAGCUUCUGUUUUGGCUUUACACGGGGCAGAUCGAAACAAUGAAAUAGAUCUUGAAGGUGACAGGCCGCUUCCUUUGUCUGAGCAUGGUGAAAUUGCUGAAACUCUUUCAAGAAUAGCUUCACUAGAGACUAGUAUGGAGGAGGCAUCCCAUGAAAUGGUGCAAAUUGGUGAGUCAGGAGAGGUAUCUGCAUCUGAUGGUGGGACCUUGUCAGCUGGAUUUUCAGCUUCUGUUUUGCCUUUGAACGAGGCAGAUCGAAGCAGUGAGGUAGAGCUUGAAGGAUAUAAGCAGCUUACUUUGUCUGAGCAUGAUGAAAGUGCUGAAACUCUUUCAAGGAUACCUUCUGUAGAGAUUAGUGCGAAGGAGGCAUCUAUUGAAGCAGAGCAAAUGGGCGAGUCAGGAGAAGUAUGUGCAUCUGACAGUGUGACCUUGUCAGCUGGAUUUUCAGCCUCUGUUUUGGAUUUGAACAAGGCAGAUCGAAGUAGUGAAAUAGAGGCUGAAGGAGACAGGCAGCUUCCUUUUUCUGAGCAUGGUGAAACUGCUGAAACUCUUCCAAAGAUUGUUUCAGUAGAGACUAGUAUGGAGGAGGCAUCUCAUGAAUCAGUAGAAGUACCUGCAUCUGGUGAUGCGACCCUGUCAGAUGGAUUUUCAGCUUCUGUUUUUACUUUGAACGAGGAAGAUGGGAUUUCAGCUGUUAAUCCUGCCAUGACGAAUCGGCAAAGAGAAGAAAUAGUGCCAGGUUCAUCUUAUGAAGAAAACUCUGACAUGCUUUUUCAGUCUGGUGACUAUGGACAAGGCAGGGAAGAAAAGGCUCAGGCUGUUACUGAUGGGAGGACAGCUGCAGAAGGAUAUGAUCUACAAUAUUUGCCAGAUGGAUUGUUUACACGUGAGAGUAAAAUCCUUGAAAGACCUUUUGAAACUGAAAUGGCAAGUUCGGCUGGAGCACAAACUGUGUCUCCUGUUGCAGAUGCGAGCGCAAUCAGUCUCUCUCAGCUCAAGGAAGUGAUAAGCAGACUUAAUGAGGAAGAAUUUAGGUUUUUGCUCAAGUCAAGAGAAUCAGUUUCUAAUGCAGAGUUGGGGACCUGUAGUUUGAUUUUUGCAGAAAGUGGAUUUAUGGAUUUACUGCAGAGACUCAAAGAAGAAUUAUUUCUCACACAUUUUACAAAAGAUUUCUUUCACUUGCAACUUGCUGAACAGUCUGAGCAACAAAUGGAGUUAGAUCAUCAGUGUCAUCAGUUGGUUGAUGAAAUAUCUCUGCUGAAUGCUUCACUUGAUGAAUUUCGUGAGAAGAAUCAAUUCCUUGCUGAAGAGUUUGCACAGUGCAGAUCUGAACUUCAGGUUGUUACUAGUGGUAGGGUGGAGCUCGAAGACCAAUUUCGUAUAGCAAAGGCAGAGGUUGAGGACUUAUCUUCUAGAGCAUGUGGUUUGCAGAGUAGUUUGGAGAGGUCAGAAAGGGAUUUGUUGAGCCUGUCAACAGAGUUGGCUGACUGCAAGAGCUUGGUGGCAGAUUUACAGGUGGAAAAUACGAAUUUGGAUGGGACCGUUGUGUCUGUGACUGAAGAAAGAAAGAAACUUGUGGAGGAAAAAGAGUUUUUAUUCCAUGAGAAUGUGAAGCUCUCAAAAGAGUUAGCUGACAGCAAGAAUGUGGCAGCAGCUCUACAGUUUGAAAAUUCCAACUUAAUUGGAAGUCUGUCUUCAGUGACAGUGGAGAGAAAGAAGCUUGAAGAGGAAAAGGAGCAUCAUUCCCUUGAGAAUGAGAAACUAUCAAUAGAAUUGGCUGACUGUAAGGGUUUGGUGGCAGCUUUACAGGUAGAAAAUACCAACUUAAAUGGGAAUAUUGCUUUGGUAACUCAGCCAAAAAGCAAACUUGAAGAGGAUAAGGAAUAUCUAAAUCUUGAAAAUGAGACACUUACAUCCAAGCUUCUUGCUCUUCAAGAGCAGUUAUCUGCACAACAUGGGGAACGAAAGAAGUUUGAAGUUGACCUGAAGGAAAUGACAAUGCAGCUUGAACAACUCACUGAGGAAAAUUUUCAUCUUCAUAGCAGUCUGGUCAUAUUCAAAGCUACAAUAAGAGAGAUAGCUAGCUGGCAAACCCAAAUACCCUGUCAAGCUGGGGAAGCUGGUAAUGAAAUAAGUCUGGAAGUACGAAGUAGAGGCCAUGAAAGUGGAGCAGAUUAUGAUUCUCACCAGAUUCGUAGGAAGCAAGAUGGUGAAGUUUAUUCUCCUGUGUUGGAGAAGCCCGUAUCUGACGGCCUUGCAGUAGAACCACCACUCGAACAGGAAGUCUCUGAUGAUUCUUAUAGCUUUUUUGCCUUAAAGAGACAUGUGGAGGAGGCAGAGAAAAUAUUGCACAAACUUGAAAAGGCAGUUGAGGGGGUGCAUUCUCAUGCAGCCUCCUUUAGCAGGUCAGCUGGUAAAGGUUCCACACCUGGGGUAUCGAAACUGAUUCAAGCCUUUGAGUCAAAGGUGCAUGUUGAUGAAAAUGAGGCAGAGGAGAGGGCUUUGACUGAAAAUCAAUCUCCAGCAGAUCCAUUCAUGGUAACAAAAGAGCAAACUGGAAUUUUGAGAGCAUUGCUUAAGCAGUUAGUACUGGAAGCUGAGCAUGCCACUGUACUGCUUAAGGAAGAGCGAGAUCAGAGGAAUAUUGCUGAUGUCAUAUUCAGGGAGCUUAGGGAUGAACAUGAAGCUGUAAAGGAACACAGCGACAAUUUGGAAGCAGCCAAUAUUGAGCUUGGGGUUUUGUAUGAAGCUUUAAAGCAACAUGUUGGCUACAUUGAAGCAAGGAAUGGUGAGCUUGGGGUUCUCUAUGAAUCCUUAAAGCAACAAGACAUUAAUCUCAAAGCAGAAAACAGUGAGCUUGGUGAAAAGUUACGAGGGUACCAAUUGAGAAUCAGUGAAUUGCAGAGUCAAUUGUAUGAUUUACAGCAGGGUUCAAAUGAGGCGACUUCUGUCAUCAGCAAUCAGUUAGAAAAUUUACAGAAAGAAGUGGCUGAGAGGGUAUUGUUACUUGAGCAAGAUUGGAAUUCUACUGUUGCUCAGAUUCUUGAAAUUGUUGGGAAGCUUGAUGACUCAAUUGGGGAAUUUUUCCCCUCUACCAUCUCAAUUGGCACUCAUGGUGGCUUGGAUAUAAGCAGCCGCGUUGCUGCUUCUGUUAAUGCUGCCACCAAAGUGAUUGAGGCUCUGCAGGGGGAACUCCAAGCUGCUCAGACAAACCAUGAAGCAAUCUGUACUUCGUACAAAGAAUUGAAUGAGAAAUGUGAUGAUUUGCAUGGAAAGAAUGAAUUGGCAAAUGGUAUAUUGCAUAAGAUGCAAGGUAGACUGAUGGAACUUGUCAUCAGUUCAUGUGGAUCUGGGGAGGAAAGUGAGAGAAACAUACCAAUUGAGAAGGUGCUUGAUCCUUUAGAUGAUAGUAAAUACAUGACCCUAUUGGGACAAAUGGAGAAUUCUUUAGAUGAGAAGCGGCAACUUGAGUCUGUUAACAAUAAACUCACUGCUGAGUUGAUUAAUAGAGUAGAAGAAUUUGAGGAACUGAAGAGAAGAUGCCUUGAUCCUAAUACUGUUCAUAAGUUAAUUGAAGAUGUUGGAAGUGUGCUAAAACUGGAAGAAGCUGAUAUUAACUUGGAUAGAACACCUGCUUUGCAUUUGGAGUUGUUGGUGUCUCUUCUUGUUCAGAAAUUUAAAGCGGCCGAUGUGGAGGUUGGCUUGUCCAAAGAAAAGUUUGCAUCUAAGGUGAUGGAAAUGACUGAAUUGCAGGAUAAGAUCCAUCAGUUAGAAGCCUCGACCUUUGAGCAUGAAAACGAAAUCCUUAUUCUUAAGGACAGUUUGCGCCUGUUGGAGGAAGCCCUAAUUGCUGCACGUUCUGAGUUACGAGACAAAAUAAGUGAACUUGAACAGACGGAGCAGCGAGUAUCUUCUAUUAGAGAGAAACUUAGCAUAGCUGUUGCCAAGGGGAAAGGCUUGGUUGUGCAGCGAGAUGGUCUCAAGCAGUCCCUGGCUGAGACUUCUAGCGAACUGGAGAGAUGCUUGCAAGAGCUACAGUUGAAAGACUCUAAAAUCCAAGAAGUUGAAACCAAACUUAAGACCUACUCAGAAGCAGGUGAGCGCGUGGAAGCUCUGGAAUCUGAGCUUUCAUACAUUCGCAACUCAGCAACUGCAUUAAGAGAAUCAUUCCUUCUUAAAGAUUCUGUCCUUCAGAGAAUAGAAGAGAUUUUAGAGGACCUAGAUUUGCCAGAGCAUUUUCAUUCAAGAGAUAUAAUUGAAAAGAUUGAUUGGUUGGCAAGGGCAGCUGCUGGAAACUCUGUGCCGCUGCUAGAAGAGAUUGGUUGGCAAGGUGAGAAGAGUUCUGCAGGAGGCGGUUCAUAUUCUGAUGCUGCUUUUGUUGUUUCAGAUGCUUGGAAAGACGAUGUACAGCCAAGCUCAAGUUCAGGGGAUGAUUUGAGAAGAAAGUUUGAGGAGCUUCAAAAUAGGUUAUAUGGGUUGGCUGAACAAAAUGAAAUGCUCGAACAAUCAUUAAUGGAGAGGAACAACUUAGUGCAGAGGUUGGAAGAACUUCUGGACAGGAUUGAUAUGCCUUUGCCUUUCCGGUCUGUGGAACCAGAGGAUAGGAUUGAGUGGUUAGGAAAAGCACUUUCGGAAGCUCAACAUGAUAGAAAUUCGUUCCAGCAGAAGAUUGAUAAUUUUGAAAACUAUUGUGGAUCGUUAAGUGCUGAUUUGGAAGACUCACAACAUAGAGUAUCUGACCUUGAGGCAGACCUCGAAGCAGUUACCCAAGAGAGAGAGCACCUGUCUGAAAGAUUGGAGAUUCUGACUAAUGAACAUGAAAAACUUUCAUCUAAGACAGCUGAGUUUGAACUUGAGAAGAAAAGGCUUCAGAAUGAAGUUGAUGGUUUGAAGGAGAAGUUGAUUGAGAAGCUUGGUAAUGAGGAGCAAAUUGCCAGCAUAGAAGGCAAAAUAAGAAGAUUGCAGGAUUUGGUUAGUGAUGCUUUGCAAGAAUCUGGACCAAAAGAUCUGGUUUCUGGUAGUGAUAUCCAUUGCCUGGAGGAAUUAUUGAGGAAGCUUAUAGAGAAUUAUGGAAUUCUUUCUUCAAUGAAUCCUGUGCUUGGGGAUGUGGCUGACAGACAGCAUGCUGAAAAUGCCGAUGCUACACUUGCUGAAGCAAGAAGCAUAGAUACACUUGAUUCCAGGGAACCAAAUAUAGCUGUUCUGAAGAAAGAACUAGAGGAGGCCAUGUGUGAGUUGGUGCAUGAGAGGGAGGAGAAGGAUAGAUAUAUGGACAAGCAGCAAUCUUUGGUUUGUGAAGUUGAAGCUCUCAGUAGAAAAAGAGAUGAGUUGCAAGAGUUACUCAGUCAGGAAGAGCAGAAGUCAGCUUCUGUGAGAGAGAAGUUUAGUGUUGCAGUUAGGAAAGGAAAGUCACUGUUGCAACAGCGGGACGGUCUGAAGCAAACCAUCGAAGAAAAGAAUACUGAAGUGGAACAUUUGAAAUCUGAGAUUACCCACCGGGAAAAUGCUCUUGCAGAGUAUGAACAGAAGUUCAGGGAUUUAUCCACUUUUCCAGGAAGGGUGGAAGUCCUAGAAUCUGAAUGUUUAGUAUUGAGGAAUCAAUUAACAGAAGCGGAGCACUAUUUGCAUGAGAAAGGACAUGUUUUGAGCAUGCUUUUAAAUACUUUAAAUGGCAUUGAUGUUGGCGAUGAUGUCAGCAGUGGUGACUCAGUUGAGAGGUUGGAACUACUUGGGAAACUAUUCAGUGAUUUGCGGUCAGCUGUGGCUUGUUCAGACCAGGAGUUGAGGAAAUCUAAAAGAGCAGCAGAGCUGCUCCUUGCAGAGCUGAAUGAGGUUCAAGAGAGAAAUGAUGUUCUCCAAGAAGAGCUAGCAAAAGCUGCCAAUGAAGUUGCAGAGCUUACCAAGGAAAGAGAUUUGGCAGAGGCUGCCAAGCUUGAAGCUAUUUCACGGCUUGAAAAGUUAUCUACUGUUCGUUCUGAGGAAAGAAAGAACCAAUUAUCUGAAUUUAUGGGAAUAAAAUCUGGUCUGAAUCAACUCAGAAAGGGCUUUCGUGAUGCUAAUUAUUUACUAGCUGAUGUUUUUUCCAAGGACUUGGAAUAUUUGCACAAUCUGGAGGUUGGUAUUGAGUCAUGUCUGAAAGCAAACAAUGGUGAGCAGGUUGCUGUGCCACUUUUCAGAGGAUCUGAUGCCAUUAUAUCCAGCUCUUUAGAUAACAAGGAAAUGGAUUCUUGGUCAGACUCCGAAAGACAUGGGCAUUUUGACGAAAAUGUUGUAUUUGAAUUGUGUCAUUUUGUUGCACAUCAUCUACAUGAAUUCCUGACAGAAAUUGGCGAUCUUAAAGAAAAAUUAUCCAAGCACUCAGUGUCGUUACAUGAACAAGAUAGCAGUCUAUCUAAAUUAGUGGCGAUUGUUCAUGGAGAGAUGACUUCCCAAAAAGAAUCAUUUGAAGCUAUGAAGAGAGACAUUGUUCGUAUAGAGUCAAUCGAAAAAGAAAAAGACAUGGAACUUAUUCUGCUACGUAGAAAUAUUGCUGUGCUCUACGAAGCAUGUGCUAGUUCAGUCAUGGAAAUUGAAAACAGAAGAGUUGACCUGGUUGGAAAUAUUAUGGCUGCUGCAGAUCUGGGGUUGAACUUGAAAUCAACGACAUUUACCGAAGGUGAACUUUCUUUCAGUGGACAGGCUCAUUUUUCCUCUGAGGAAUCUAUCAGGACUAUGGCAGAUAGACUUGUGUUGGCAGUGCGGGAUUUUGCUAGCUUGAAAGCCGAAACUGUAGUGGGUAACCAAAAGGAAAUGAAGAUGACAAUUGCAAAUUUGCAGAAAGAGCUUCACGAGAAGGACAUUCAGAAAGAAAGGAUUUGCAUGGAGCUGGUAACUCAAAUAAAGGAAGCCGAAGCUGCUGCAACCAGUUACUCACUAGAUCUUCAAUCUUCCAAAACACAGGUGCAUGAUUUGGAGAAACAGGUUGAAGUGAUAGAGGGGGAACGGAACUUACUGGAGCAGAGAGUAAAGGAGCUGGAAGAUACACAAGCUGCCUCAACAGAGUUACAGGAUAGGGUUAGAUCACUUACUGGUGUGCUUGCUGCCAAAGACCAAGAAAUUGAGGCACUGAUGCAAGCACUUGAUGAGGAGGAGGUGCAGAUGGAAGAUCUGACGAACAAGAUUGAGGAUCUGGAAAAAGUUGUACAACAAAAGAAUCUAGAUUUGAAGAACCUUGAAGGUUCUCGGGGAAAGGCUCUUAAAAAGCUCUCUGUCACUGUGACUAAGUUUGAUGAGCUUCAUCAUCUUUCUGAGAGUCUUCUUGCUGAGGUUGAAAAGCUUCAAGCGCAAGUGCUAGAUCGGGAUGCAGAGAUCUCUUUCUUAAGGCAAGAGGUCACUAGAUGCACCAAUGAUGUUCUUGUUGCAUCACAAAUGAGUAGCAAGAAGACUCUAGAUGAGAUCCAUGAGUUCUUGACAUGGUUUGACUCGAUGAUUGCUCAGGUUGGGGUGCAUGAUGUGCAUCUUGAUGAUAAGAACAGCAGUGACGUUCAUGAACACAAGGAAAUACUUCAGAAGAAGGUUAUGUCUAUUAUAUCUGAAUUGGAAGAUCUAUUGGCAGUUGCUCAAAGUAAGGAUGCAUUGUUACAAGUUGAAAGGAGCAAAGUAGAAGAGUUAACAUGCAAAGAAGAAUUUCUGGAGAAGUCUUUACGUGAGAAGGAAUCCCGAUUAAAUUUGCUUGAGGGUGUUGGAGAUUCUGAAAGGGCAACUAGCAUGACCUCUGAAAUUUUGGAAGUUGAACCUAUGAUUAACAAAUGGACAGUACCUGCGACUUCCAUUGCACCUCAAGUCCGCAGUUUGCGCAAAGGCAAUAAUGACCAAGUUGCAAUUGCUAUAGACAUGGAUCCUGGUAGUAGUGGUAGGUUAGAAGACGAAGAUGAUGAUAAAGUUCAUGGUUUUAAGUCACUUGCUACAUCAAGAAUUGUGCCAAGAUUUACUAGACGUGUGACGGACAUGAUUGAUGGCCUUUGGGUUUCUUGUGAUCGGGCUCUAAUGCGACAACCUGCUUUGCGGCUGGGUAUUAUAAUCUAUUGGGCCAUAUUGCAUGCACUUCUUGCCACUGUUGUAGUUUGAAAAGCCAAACUGGCGAUAUUUGGUCCGAAGAGGGUGCAGCAAUGAUCUUGUUAUUUUUGGUAUCUAAUUUUUCUCUAUAUAAUCAUUCAUUUUUCCCCCUUCAUAGAUAUGAUCUGAUUGAUUAUUUAGCUCAACCAGGCAACUGUGAUUUCCCAUUUUUAUUUUUGUUAAUCUCAGAUUGCUUGGUAAAAUCCAAUAAGAGGAAAAAAAGAAAAGAAAAAAAAGUACCUUGUUAUCAUCAUAGAAGAAAUAGAUUGAGAAUUUGUUCACUUAAAACCCAGUCAAAACUGUUGUAUUUACAGCUUUUUCUAUAAACCUAAAGAACAUCUUUAUAUAUCCACAUCGGGCAAGGCACCCACCAAUGGUAUUUUAGCUUGUAGAAAUCAGGCGGGUCUUUCAUAUUUGAGCAAGUUUUCUUAUUGGUAAGUAACUAUGCGUUCAGACCUCAGUCCAUAUCGUUAUAUUGAUAUUGUCGAUGUCUUUGUU